CCGGAGGGGUCGAUCAAAAUGACAAGUCGGGCUGUCUUUGUCAAAAUUGUAUCAGGGCGUUGUUUUCUAAUUAUAUGAUUUAAAAUUUAUUGACACAGAACAUAUUCACUAUGAGUGUGACGAGUGAGUUGGGAAUUUCUCCAGUCUUGCUGCAGGCGAUCUCCCACACAUUGACCUCCACCGACCGCCACCCUGACCGAACAACCUGCAUCACAUCGUGUCGGUCCGUCACCAUGGAGACAAAACCCAUCCUGACGGCCAGCAAGACGACAGUGUCACACAUCCUACACAACAUGAAUGAACCCGUCGCUGGUCUACUGCCCACCUCCACCACCGCCAUAGUGGGGACCAAUACCUCCUCACCUAUAACCUUUGACACAAACCCCCACAACGAGAAAGAGAUACAGGAUCUGCUGGGAAAUCCAAAGAUGUCUUCUCCGAUUGUAAGUGUCGAUGAAGGGAAGGAAGCAAAGGAUUGUGGGUUUGUCGCGAAUCAGGACAUGAGUAUGGUGAACGUUUUAACAGCUCUUGCGAGUCAGCAUCUCAAAGCCAAGGUGGAACCGGCCGACGGUAAUGAUCAUUCUUCCCAACCUGUGCAGGAAAUCGUCGCGGACGAUGGUACGCAGUCAUCUAACCACCAGCAAGAGCAGCAAUCACAGCAACAGCAGAUCAUUAUUUAUUACAAUAACGAGACUUUGGGCGUUCCGUCACCUAGCAACGAUGUGGUUGUUGGGGAGAUGGACGCAAGUGGGGAUGCGGGUGGGGGGUAUCGUAUCGUUAUGCAGGCGGAAAGGGAAGAGACGACGGAGAUGGGUGGGCAGCAGCAUAUUGUCAUGGAGAUGCCAGCAGACACCAUUCACCUCCCGUCCGGUGUGCCAGAAAACAGUGUUAUGCCUGAGUUAGGUCAACCGUGUCCAAUAUGUAUGGAUAGAAUUUCAGGUUAUCAUUACGGAAUCUUCACGUGUGAAAGUUGUAAAGGCUUCUUCAAAAGAACUGUACAGAAUAAAAAGUCGUUCAUUUGUCAUCGUCAAGGGGAAUGUGAUAUCAACAUUUAUAACCGCAAAAAGUGUCCAGCCUGUAGAUUCACCAAGUGUGUGAUUGCUGGAAUGAAGAUUGAAGCGAUUCGGCAGGACAGAACUAGAGGGGGCAGGAGCUCAUACGACGGUUGCUCUCCGCACGGCAGACCCAGAACGUCACCGAUACCAAAAAAGAUGCGCAGGUACCCAGUGGUUCAUCGGAAAGUUGACGAUAACACACAUUAUUCACUGGGCAGUGGGACCCAGGUGGAAGUUAGCAAGAGCCAGCUGGUGGCCAUACUGAACCACUCGAGUACGGAGCCGUUGUCGGGCGGGAGCACUAUUCCCGAGUUGUUGACGGACAUUAUGAAUCUGGAACCGUUGCUGUCGGACGAAGAGAUUCCCCUCGACAUGAUCCCUGAUGGGAUAGAGGAGAACGAGGAGAGUCUGUAUACGUACCUGAUGCAGAUUACAGAGUUACGGCUCUACAAGCUCGUGCGCUGGGCUCGCAAUCUCCCACAGUUCGGAGCAAUAUCGACAGAUGAUCAGAUCCUGCUGUUACAGAACUGUUGGUCUGACCUCCUGUGUCUUGGGGUCAGCUGGAGGUCAAUUCAUUACCCAGGUGCCAUUGCUCUGACGGGAGGCAAGUCACUUCCUCUGGAGCGAGCCAAGCAGCUGGGGUUCGAGGACUUGGCCUACAAGUUGAUAUCUUUGUCGGAACAUUUUAGAAAACUCAAAGUCGACAAGUACGAAUAUGUGGCUCUUAAAGUUCUUUUGCUUAUCUCCCCUGAUGUGAAGGGCUUGAAGGACCCCAACAAGAUAAUGGAGCACCAGGAGAAACUGUCGGAAGCGCUGUACACCUACACCGCCUGUCACAGCACACAGCAGCCGCUCAAGUACGGAGAGAUGUUGUUACGCCUGCCCGAACUCGCGCGCAUUAGCUUUAUCGGCAAAGAACUGCUCCUCAAUAGAUUGCCAGCAAAUAUGACUUCUUGUGGCUUGCUCGUUGAGCUACUAAAGGGAGAGAAUGCAGCAAAAGACAUGUGAUUCACUGGUUGAGCUACUAAAGGGAGAUAAUUCAGUAAAGACGUCAAUUGCUGGUUGAGCUGCUAAAGGGAGAUAAUGCAGUGAAAGAUGUGUAACUUGCCUGUGAGAUAUUAAAGGGAGAGAAUGCAAUGAAAGGAAUGUGGCUUGCUUGUUAAGCUACUGAGGGAAAGAGUUGUUAAACUACAAACUUUUACUAAAGGGAGAUAAUGUUGUGAAAGAUAGUUAACUUUCUCGUGGAGCUAUUAAAGGGAGAUAAUGCAAUAAGACACGGGUAGCCUGUUUGCGUCAAAACAGAACCAGUGAAUUGACAUAACAAUAUACUAAAUAAGCUAAAUCUGUUAUAUAGAGGUUAUUGCCAGAGUGCAUGUUGGUAUUGUCAGUAUCAUAUAUUAGGAAUAAAAAUUGUAUAAUGGCCUCAUGGGUUAUAAUCUCAUUAAUAUAUAAUCUCAAGCUUAAUAGAAUAUCUUUUUUUUUAGUUGUAAACUUUGUACUAAACUAUAAUUCCAGUCAGCCAUUACUCUAUUCAUAUGAUAUAUGAAUAUGUGACUGUCAAACUUGAAUAACAUUAUUUUGAAUACUACAUAAAAAUAAACUAGAGCAUGACAGGUUUUUUAAAAUUGUUUUUAGAAUGCUAGAAAGCUUUCAAUGUAAAGUUGCUAUUGAAAUGUUUUUGUUUGAUGGCUUACAUGUGUUAUUAAAUUCUGAGUGUGUGAUCUGUAAAAUAUCACAUACUUUUACUACAUUGAUAUGCUACCUAUUAUAUGAUUUAAAAAAAAAGAUUUUAGAUUUUAAAUUUAUAUCAACAUUUCUCAAAACACUUCUCAAAACAUUUUACAAAACAUUUCUCUGUAAAUAAAAAAGUUUCUUAACAAAUUACAAUAAAAUAGUAUAGAUGAAAUCUUUUGAUUCAGAGGUAAAGAUAAAAUGUUGAAAAAGCAGUUUCACGUGCAUUGUUACUAGUAAUUGAUAACGCAGUACACAGACUAAAGGCAAAACAGUACAUACAGUUACUUUUCCUUUGCUGUUCCAUCAGUUUCCGUCACCCCUUUACAAAGAUUGGAGUUGCGAUCUUAUUGUAAUUUGUAAAAAAAAAUCACCUUUUAUUGACAGAUUUAUUUUCUUCCAAAAAUGCAUUGGAAGUUGAUUAUAACAUAAUUUUUUUUUUUUUUUUUUUUUUUUUUUUUUACUUAUGCAAAUACACUAGAAUUUACUUAUUGCACUGAUGAAAGGUGAGAAUGCUGUGAAGGAUGUGUAAGUAACUUGUAUUUAUUAAACUUGUCUUCAUACUCCACUGUUCAGCUCCCAGUCAACGUGGCGUUUUGUUGAUUUCUUAAAGGGAGAGAACCCAAUCAGGAAUAUUUAAUCAAGUGGUAUAUAUCUCAUUUGAAUGGAUAUUAUAGACGGACAGACAGACUAUGUGUUUCAGACAAACAUGACUUUUUGUGGUUUGUUUGUUGAGCAGCCAAAUAAAGGAUGAGCAUGCAACAAAGGAUUGUAAUUA